UCGUGUUGUGCUCCAUAGCUCGUCACUGACCGGCCUGGGUGUUCGGAUAAGCCGGUGUCCGAGUUACGGAAUGUUUGGGUGUUGACUGAGAUACAGUGUUAUUGAAAGGUUGACGACAAAUUAGUGAUUACUAGUUUCGAUUUGACACGCAAUUUUUGCUCAACAUAUUUUUAGGCCUAUUUUAAAUUGAUGUCAAUUACUAUUAUGCUCAGUUGACACUUGUUCGAUUACCGGGUUUCGUCAUAUUGUUGUUUCCACUUGUCUGUAGGAUGACGUAAAAGUGUCUGUGUGAGUGCAUACACUAUGCUAGUGUAGAGUUGCUGUAGCAGCGGUUAGUGCAAGUGCAAGUGCAGUAGUGACCAUGCUCGCGGACAGCGAGGCAGGUGGGGGUCGGCGAAGGUCGACGUUCUAUGUCCCACUAGCGGACAACAGGACUCCCAGUAGUGUCGCGAAGAGAGAAAUGUCCACGUCUACACCCAAGCGAUCGCCUGGGAGUGCGCAGACGUCUCCGGAGAAGAGGAAGGAAGAACCCAGAUCUCCUAGUAGACCGGGGUCCACACCUCUGCGGACUCCUAGGACUAAACAUGUGAAAAGCCCGGUGAAGACCCCGUCGAAACCUUUGCUCACGGUUACUAGAACCAUAGACGCUCCAGGUCCUCAAGUUCCUACUUUGAUGCCGGUGCAGAAAACUCCUUCGUCGGCGUCGGAUAGAAUACGAUCUCCUUUGCUCAAAGUGUCCACCAAGUUGUUAUCCACUUCGGCUCAAGCGUUAGAAGUCAUUAAUCGAUCUCCUACGAGUUCUCCGUCCAAACAGCACUCGCCUCUUUCACUGAUAAGGAGAGCUUCUUCUAAGAAGCUGUCGAGAAGUUCCUCAACCAUUCUGACUCGGAGUUCGUCUAACAAGCUUUCGGCUAAGGACGAAGCGAAGGACUCCUGCAGUAGCCUGAGCGUGGACCUGUCGAACGUCCCUGUCAUCAUGAUAGACCAGCUGCCGGACGAGAGGUUGUUGUCUUCAGCGGGAGACAAGGCUCAGGAGAGGCGACACGUCAAGAUCGAGGACGAGGACACAGGAGUUCAUUCUGACACAUCCUAUGAGAAGGCCUGUAGAAGAGGCAGCGCACCAGCCACACCAGUCCUGGGCAACCGGACACUGGAACUCACUCCUUCCCGAAUAGUGAAUUUCUUCUCAAAACGGUCGUUCAGAUCAAAUCCUCUCAAAAGGACCAAGAGCGUCACAAAACUGGAGAGGAAAAAAGUCGAUAGUGAUGGUGUCCCGGUAGCUCCUAGACUCCGCACCUCAAGGUCCCACGAGUCCCUGUUGUCCGGACAAGCCCAGAGCGUCAUGCAGACCUUGGAUCUCAGUUCUGGAGGGGUUGAGAUCAAGCCACUCCACGCCAGUGUGUUGGGACGAGAACAUUGUUUCCAGGUGACACUACCGGCCGGCGUUGCGCGGUACUUCUCCUGUCGCACGGCCGAGGAACGUGACAAGUGGGUCCACAGCUUGCGGAAGUCAGUUCAACCAGACCAAGACCAAAUCAGACGCACAGACAACUCAUUGAAAAUAUGGGUUUUGGAAGCAAAAGGAGUGGCCAACAAAAAGAGGUAUUUCUGCGAGGUCUGUCUGGACAAGACUCUGUACGCAAGGACGUCCUGUAAGCAGAAAGGCGAGUUGUGUUUCUGGGGCGAACACUUCGAGUUCCACAACCUUCCUCUAGUCAAUGUAAUCAACAUAAACCUCUACAGAGAAGCCGACCGUAAGAAAAAACGGGACAAGAAUAUGCUUGUUGGGAGUGUCAGUAUCCCUGUCCAUGACGUCACCUCCAGGUACCUCACAGAGAAGUGGUACCCGGUGAUGAGUGACAAGGGAGGAGUCAAGGAUCCUCCAGCACUGAGGAUAAAAUGUAGGUUCCAGUCUGUGGACAUCCUGCCAGUCCAGGUCUACCAGGAGUUCCUGCAGUACCUAAAAACGGAGUACAAGUCGGUGUGCGAGGUGUUGGAACCAGUGAUCGGGGUGAAGGCAAAGGAGGAUAUUGCGACAGCUCUGGUGCACGUCAUGCAGAGGGAAGGUCUAGCUAAACAGUUCCUGGCCGACAUAGUCAUGAUGGACAUUGAGAGGAUCGAAGACGAUCGGUUGACGUUCAGAGGCAAUUCGUUGGCAACCAAGGCGAUGGAGGCUUACUUGAAGUUGACGGGAGAGAAGUACCUGCACUCCACACUGGGAGAGCUGGUGGCGGGGGUGUUAGGAGCGGGGGUGGACUGUGAGGUGGACCCGCUCAAGGCGGGAGGAGGAGCAGCACUGGCGAGGAAUCAGCUGAACCUACGCAACGCUGUGGAGACUACAUGGGCCAAGAUAUUGUCUUCUGCAGCCACCUUCCCUGUGGAGCUGAGGGAAUGUUUCCAGCUGUUCAGAGAGAGGUUGGUGGCAUCAGGAAGGCAGGACAUCAGUGACAACUUAAUCUCAGCGUGUAUCUUCCUGCGGUUUCUCUGUCCAGCCAUCUUGUCUCCAAGUCUCUUCAACAUCACACAUGAAUAUCCCAACGAAAAAGCUGCAAGAAAUCUUACUCUCGUAGCGAAAACUCUGCAGACUUUGGCAAACUUUACAAGAUUUCAAGGCAAAGAGAAUUUCAUGGAAUUCAUGAACGACUUUUUGGAAAGAGAAGCACCAUCAAUGAAGACCUUCCUUCACAGUAUUUCUAGCGGAGUACCCAAAGACGGAAGUCUGCCAGUGGCUCAGUUUGAAGGAUACAUUGACCUUGGCAAGCAGCUGAGUAUCCUGCAUAUCCUGCUGGUCGAGUGCGUGUCUAAGGUAGGGCCUGGGAGAGUGACCGAGGUAGAACGCCUCAGUCGAGUGCUGGAGCGAGUGCGCUCAGCUCUCACUCAACCCCCUCCCCUCUCACGGCAGGUGUCUGCGCCUGACACGCACGACUCUUCCAUCAACAACUACCAGUCUCUACAGAGAAACAUCUUCAGGUUCAACGACCCAACUGUCUGUAUGAACGGGAACGGCCCGCUUCACUAUACUACCAGUGUCGGGGUGGGGGGUUCACCCGGUGUUGCUAGGGCGGCAACUCUGCCUCGCAACGCCUACCUCCCCUCUGGCAACCAGCUGCAUCCCCACAACCACAACCAUGACGAACAAACCACGUCCUUCAACAGCCCGGCGCACAACCGCCAUCAUCCACUUAUGAGAGGGGUUAGAGGAGCCUCGACAAACACUGCAGCUCAUCUGGACGAGCUGUCUGACGAAUGUGAGCUUGAGCCGCACCACAAGGGAUCUCAAGUCUCCAUCUCAACAUUGAGCAACGUAGCUUCCUCGGGAUACCAGAGCUUUGCUGCCUACAGCCAAAGCAGUAGCCCCGUCGACCUGACCAUCAGUGCCAACAAUGCCAACAACAAUGUCCCCGCAGCGCCUCCGCUAGCAUUCACCAAUCCCGUCUACCAGCAUCACCACAGGCCGGCGCGACGCCCUCGUCAGAGGUCAUGUUCAUCAUCGUCAGAGGACGCUCCCGCUGCCGAGCCCUCUCCUCCUCCUAGGAUCCAGCUUGGCCUCCGCGCCCCCCGCACCAACCCUCACACUGGCCCUGCUUGGAGGUCCAAUGUAACCAUUAACCCCCAUCCACCAAAGCAGACACUACGAACCUACACCAGUACACCUUCAAAUGGCCUGCAGUGUCGCCGGAUGUCGUUGGACUCAACCCGAGACCUGUCUGACUCUUCUGAUGAAGACAGCUGCCGCAGUAGACGAUCCAAGCCCAAGAACUACCGCAGCAUUGAACAAUAUGAGAGGGAGAUAGAGAGACUGCAGGCCAGAGUGGAAGAUCUGAAACUCAAACUGGACAGUCCGUCACCUUCCCCCUCCCCUCAAAACCACCAUGACACGGACAACAUGAAGAACAUCAUUGAGAGGUUGAUCUCAGUAGAGGAAGAGUUGAGGCUGGAACAACGAAAGAUGUCAGAAACCUUGUCGCACAAACAGAAAGUGAUCGAGGCGCAAGAGCACCAGAUAGCGGCUCUGGACGCGGCCAAUAACCGACUGCUUGCGGCCCUGAGUCAACUCAAAGAUCGCUACCAGGUGAAAGCGUCAAACAACAACAACAACAACAACCACAACAACACAGGCGCACAACGGCUACUAGCUGAACUGGGAGAUCUCAAGAGUUCGUCUUGCUAAAUAAUCACAAUGCCUAAGGUGUCAUAUACCAAAGAUUGUAUUAGUGGGAAUGGAAUUGCGUGCUGUAGAGACAAGAAGUAUUAAUUUUUAAACUAGAUUACUGUGAGAUAUCAGAUCGGUACAGAUUUGUUUGCUACUGUAAGUUAAGCUUUGAGUUGAAGAAGUUCGGCUGAACCGUUCUAUUGAUUUUCAUCGUUAGUUUUGAACUUUGAUGUGUAUUGUGGUCCGAAUUAUGUUAGGAUGUAUUGUGAAAGUUUGUCCAAGUGAUAGCUUUUGAUUAAUUAUGAAGUAAUUUUAUUUCGUCAUUUUUGAAAUCUCUUAGAUAUUUAACAUCCCCACUGUACAAAACCCCCAGUCUACUGUCGAUGCCUUCGUGUUAGAGCUUUACCCUCUCGCACCCUCAAAACUAUAUUUUAAAAAACCGUUUUUACAGAAAGUUAUAUUUGUAGCGUCUCUAGCCACCUUGUGAUUACCCUCUCCAGUAUUAUGUGAAGUAGUGAGUGUUUUAUAUGGUCUAGGCUAUGCUCAUAGGUUAGGUUAUGUAGAAGUAUUGAGCAAUAAGAUCUGACUUUUAAUUGACAUAAGUUUCAAUCUGUUAACUAUAUAAUGUGUGACUCGUAUCUUAAAUGUUUCUAUGUUAAAUUUGUCCAAUGGUUUUUACCAAUAGUUAAUUGUAAUUUGUUUCACUCUAAACUCUUCAUCCAGUUUUAUGAGUACUAUAAUAGUAUACUCAUGCUUUUUAUUUGACAAAGUUUUUAUCUUAAAAAUGUUAAUUUGUGGUUACUAGUUUACUAGGUUACUGAGUUUUGCGAACAUAACAAGCACGCAAACUUGUGGAAUCAUCAUCUACUUAUCUAUAAGUAGUCAUUUUGUGACAGAUUUCAAAAUAAGUUUGUGUGUUAUUGUAACUGACAUCAACGAAAUAUCACUCGAAACAGUCAGUCUUAAUAUCCAUCACUACUGCAUAAACUAUAAAUCGCUUUGUUAUAUUUUAUGUUCAUAUGCAGAUUCACAAUAUGUAUAUUUGUAUUUCAUAAGUAUUUGUUAUGUAUUUUGUAAAUUUAAUUUUAUCCUUUGUUAUUUGUUUUGUACAUUAAUUUAUACUCAAUACGGUUAGGGAUUACAGAAAAAUUCAAAAAACUUUUCACUAGAAAAGUGUUUAUUUUUUACGUUUUUGUAAAUUUUUAUUGUAUAAACUUUUGUAAGAUUCUUAGCAGUAUUUUAGUUGGUAAAGCACAAAAGGCCAAAUGAUUUUUUUCCUGUGACCAAAGAUUAGUUAUUUUAGUAAUUUUUGGGGCUGUAAGUAUGAAAACAAUUUGAAUUUUAAUUGUAUACGUACAUACAGUAUUUGCUUUCUUACUUUAGUUCACAUCAAUUGUUCGGCGCCAAACUGUGCCAAUACUUUUUUAAGACAGCUAUUAAAUUAUGAUUUUUCUCUAUCAAGCAACAGAAGUGCAUUCAAUUGAUAAUUCUAAUCAAAGGCCCCUUAAACCAUGAGAAAUGUAACCACUUAGUUUUAACAAAUAGUAUGUAUUUGUACAGUAGACUUUAGAUUGACAAGUUUUUAUUUCUUUACUACUCCAAAGGCCUUGGUGUACACCGUUUAUGUUUUUGUGUCAUCUGAAGAACUUUCAUUAAAUAUGGUACAAAUAGCAA